AUGGGUGCAGCCGGUGGCGUCUUUCUACGCUUCUGCGGCCUCGCUAUUCGAGUGCUUCAAUUCCUUGAUUCUGCUGUCAUCCUCGCUAUCUUCUCAUACUACCUCGCCAUCGCUUCCAAGCAUAAUCAAACCACCGAUAAGUGGGUACAUGCCGUGGAGGGUCUAUCUGGAGUUGCCUGUUUGUACAGUCUUCUGGGUGCUCUCUUUGUCUGCUGCAUUGGUGGGGUAGCCUUCUUCGCCUUUUUGGGCGUCAUCCUCGAUGUUAUCUUUACUGGUGUCAUGAUAGCCAUCGCAGUGAUGACCCGUAAUGGUUCGGGAUCCUGCAACGGCACCGUCAAUACCCCGAUCGGCAAAGGUGAUUCCAACACCGAAAGCCCAUCAAAUCUCAAGUACGGCACAGCCUGCAAGUUGGAGAAGGUCACAUUCGCUGUUUCAAUUAUCGGAAUUUUCUUCUUCUUGAUCUCUAUCCUCUUCCAAGUUCUACUAGCCCGCCACCACAAGCGCGAGAAGCGCUUCGGUCCCUCCCCCGCUAAUGGCUACACCUCUGGUAGCCGCAAGUGGUUCUGGAACCGCAACAAGAGCAACCCCGAGACCAACGGCGACAAUGCCUUGCCAGGUCACCCCACCCCAGCGGACGUUGAGUACGGCACUGAGACUAAGAAUGAGAAGCGCUGGUUUGGUGGCUGGGGACGCAACAAGAACACUGCUCCGACCGGUACUGCUGCUGGUGCAGAGAAUACAUAUGGAUAUGGAAACUCUGCCUACACUGGCAACUACUAA